AUGGACUGAGCAGGGCGUUUCUACAUACGCCUUUACAGAGCAGAAGGGGCUGAGCUCUAUAAAACAUGGAAAGGAACAGAGAACGUCGAGUUGUGCAUUAAAUGUCACCAGCUGCACUUUAAGGAAAUACGAGGUUUCAGCAGCCAGAGGGAAAGGUGCAGUCUGACAUUCUGCAGCCUGGUAUCUGGAUGUGCCCCUCCUUACAACCUAAGCUCUACCUGUGUUUAUGAUUGAAUUUUAAGCACCUGCUGUAGCCGAACCAAGUCUUAUUAAUAGUUAAUGAAGACUGGUGUUUCUCUCUAAUUUAUGAUUGAGCCUUAACACCAUUACAUGCUUUUAUCCCAUUUGCAUAAGUGCUGAAGCAGUUCUCUCUGUAAAAGCUGUUGAUGCAAUAGGUCACAGCUGCCUUGUUAAUUAUUCACACAUCUUAAUAUCUUAUUGUGCCUCCCCCCACCCCCCCCCCCCCCCCCAAAAAAGCAAACAUCCAAUUGAGAGCAAGAACUGUUUCUACGCUGUUAACUACCCAAACUCAGGAUGGUAGAGUCACAGAUUUUUGCCACGGGCAUGGCCGCAAAGCUGAGGAGCCAGUGGGAUCGUGAUGACGGGCUGGGGCAGAACCACAACGCUGUGAAGUUUCUGGGUCAGGACUACGAGUCCCUGAGAGCCCAGUACCUCCAAAGUGGGAGACUGUUUGAGGAUAAUCUGUUCACUAACUCUGCGUCAUCUCUGGGAUUCAAUGAGCUUGGACCCAGAUCUUCCAAGACCCAAGGAGUCCGCUGGAUGAGGCCAACGGAGUUCUGCAAGCGGCCUGAGUUCAUCGUAGAUGGAGCUACUCGCACGGAUAUCUGCCAGGGAGCUCUGGGGGACUGCUGGCUGCUCGCAGCUAUCGCCUCGCUGACCUUAAACGACAACCUCCUCCGCAGAGUGGUUCCUCAGGGGCAGAACUUCCAGCAGGGGUAUGCCGGCAUCUUCCACUUCCAGUUCUGGCAGUUUGGUGAGUGGUUAGAUGUGGUGAUUGAUGAUCGGCUGCCAGUGAAGGAUGGAAAGCUGCUGUUUGUCCACUCAGCAGAGGGAACCGAGUUCUGGAGUGCGCUGCUGGAAAAGGCCUACGCCAAGUUGAACGGCUCUUAUGAAGCUCUGUCAGGCGGGAGUACAUCAGAAGGGUUUGAGGACUUCACAGGCGGCGUGACGGAGAUGUACGAGCUGAGGAAAGCCCCUUCAGACCUCUACAGCAUCAUCAGAAGAGCUGUGGAGAGAGGAUCAUUGCUUGGCUGCUCCAUUGACAUCACCAGCGCAUCAGAGACGGAGGCUGUGACUUUCAGGAAGCUGGUGAAGGGACACGCCUACUCUGUGACUGCUGUGAAUGAGGUGUCGUACAGAGGAACUCCGACAAAGCUUGUUCGAAUCAGGAACCCAUGGGGGGAGGUGGAAUGGACCGGGGCGUGGAGCGAUGACUCCAGAGAAUGGGAUAGUGUGGAUUCCUCCGUCAGAAGUCGGCUCCAAAACCGCAGUGAAGAUGGGGAAUUCUGGAUGUCCUUCAGUGACUUCCUGCGUGAGUUCAGCCGUCUGGAGAUCUGCAACCUGACGGCAGACGCCUUGGAGGAAGGCCAGAUAAAGAAGUGGAGCUCCUCGCUGUAUCAGGGAGAGUGGAGGAGGGGCAGCACUGCCGGAGGCUGUCGCAACUAUCCAGCAACAUUUUGGCUGAAUCCUCAGUUCAAGAUCAUCCUGCAGCACCCAGACAGCCCCAGCCAACCAGAUUGCAGCUUUUUGGUUGCCCUCAUGCAAAAAGACCGCAGGAAGAAACGGCAAGAAGGCAAAGAUAUGGAGACCAUCGGGUUUGCUGUGUACGAGGUCCCAGAUGAGUUUGCGGGGAAGUCAGGGGUCCAUCUGAAGCGAGACUUUUUCCUCACUCACGCCUCCAGCGCUCGUUCUGAAACCUUUAUAAACCUGAGGGAGGUCAGCUCACGGCUGCGACUUCCACCUGGGGAGUACAUCGUUGUCCCCUCCACCUUUGAGCCCCAAAAAGAGGCUGAUUUCGUCCUGAGAGUUUUCUCUGAAAAGCCUGCAAACACAGAGGAGCUUGAUGAUGACGUUGUUGCAGAGCUUCCAGCAGAGAAACCUCUAGAUGAGAGUCAGAUCGAUGCAGGCUUUAAGAGUCUCUUCAGACAGCUGGCAGGAGCGGAUAUGGAGAUCAGUGUCACCGAGCUGCAAACCAUCCUGAACAAGAUCAUCAGCAAACAUAAAGACCUGAAGACUGAUGGCUUCACCAGUGAAGCUUGUCGUAGUAUGAUAAACCUCAUGGACACGGAUGGCAGUGGGAAGCUGGGCCUGACGGAGUUCCAUGUGCUCUGGGAAAAGAUUAAACGAUAUCUGACUAUAUUCAGGCAAUUUGACUUGGAUAAAUCGGGCACCAUGAGCUCUUACGAGAUGAGGAUGGCUCUUGAAUCUGCAGGUUUCAAGCUGACCAACCACCUGUUCCAGCUGAUCAUCCUGCGGUACACAGAGGAAGACAUGUCUGUUGACUUUGACAACUUUGUCACUUGUCUGGUCAGACUGGAGACCAUGUUCAAAACCUUUAAUACCUUGGACACCGAUAAAGAUGGUCAAAUAUCUCUUGAUUUCUUUCAGUGGAUUACUCUGACCAUGUUUGCCUAGAGAUGAGUGGAGUCCUCUGCAUCAUGCUGCAGCUUCAGGCCCAGUCUCUGCUGUUUAGAAGUGCCUAUUCUCCACCAUGCUACUCGCUGCUAAGGCUUAAAAAAAAGAAAAUUAAGAAAAACCAAACAGUACAAUCAUCAUUCCAGUGCCUGCAUUGGAAACAUGUGCCAAUUUUAUUUUAUUUGCCACCUUUUUUGCCAAGAAAAAAAAAAAAAAGAAAGAAGAAAAAAAAGCUUCUUGUAGCCUCGCAGUUCACGCUCUGCCUAACGUAGCACUCUUUUAGUGCUACCAACCAGCUUUUACCUAUACAAAUAUUACUCAGUGCAAGACAGCAGAAAUACACUUAUUGGUUAGGGUUUAGUAGGUGGAGCCACAGUCUUGCCUUUUAUGACAAUGCCAAUCUUAAUAAAUGUAGCAGCGUGUUAUCCGGUUGCCUGAAAAUGAGCAAGUUAACCUCCAUUUUAUAGAGGAUUUUAUAAAUAGUUACAAUUCUUAAAAGAAAGAUGAAAUUGUUGCCAACAGACUGGAGAGGGUCAAACCUGAUGUCAAAAAGAAUUAAAUAGUAAAAUAAACUAGACAAAACUUUUAAAAAUGACAAUGAUAAAUGUGUUAAAUGCACAUUGUGGGAUUUUCUUUUUUCUUUAGCAGGAUUUACAAGUCUAACAAUAUCAGAAUGAUGUGCAUUUUUGGGUGUGUAUAAUGAUGGGUUUUUUUUCUACCAUGGAAAUAUUUUCUGGGUUGUAGGGGGUUAUACACUAUAAAUUUUUUAAAGAAUGUACCAGCUGGGCUACUUAAGUCUGUUCUCACUAUCAGCACCUCUUUUAACAAUAUACAUUGACAGUUUCUACUAAUGCUUGGUGUAAAGUUAAAGGGUAAAAAAUGCCAAAACAAACCAGUUCCUUCGUCCUUUCUAAACUCAUUUUCUCAGUCUUGAUAGAAACAUCUUAAAGCUGAAUCAGACUGUUCUCUGUGACUUAUCACUCUGCUGUAAUGUGAGUCUUCUGUGCUGAAAGAUUUAUUCCAAAGAUUUGCAACAAAAAGGGUUUCAGGAUGGCUUCAUUUUCCUUUGGUAAAGGAUAGAAUAGAAAUUAAAUUUCCACUUGAUCACAUCAUUACUUAAUGUUUUGCAAACAACAACAACAAAAAAAAAAAAAAAAAAAAAAACUGUGCCACUAUCUGUUUACGUAUAUUUUUUUUUAAUGAAUUUGAUUUGAUACAUCAUUUAUUGUAUUACAAGUUUUCUUUGAAUGUUGCCGAAGUUUGAUCUUUAGUAUUUUUUAGUUUGCCACACAGUUAACCAGUUCUUCAGAGUGCUAUCAAUACGAGAUGUUACUCAACUACUAUAAUCACCUCUUUAUCCCUUAAAGUAUUUUGUUUUUAACCAAAACAUGUGUUGCUUUUUCCCCUCCGUUUAAGACAGCUUUAUGAAAAAUCGAAGCAUGUUAAUAUUUGAUGAUGUUGUAUAUCAGGGCUCAGUGAUCAGUGAUGAUACAGUAAUCAUUGGUAUCUACACACCAUAAGCUCUUGUGUAGUAACUGGGUCCAAUCUGAGAUAUUCAGUCAUUUAUACUUCAGGACAAUCAGAUGUUCUUCAGAGUACUGCCUCCAAAUUGCAUUUAGUUCAUGUUUUAAUCAUUUUACUAUGAAGAUCUGCUAGAGUAGAUUUACUGAUUUCCGUGCACAGAAACACAUGAUUUUUCUCAUACUGUACAUUGCUGGAGUAGCUCCUGUCAUGUCCUGCCUGUUUUAGCUCAUGUUCCUUUAAGAGAACUUGCGUCAGGUGGGCACAAUGUAAACAUAUCACAUGGUGACUUAGAUAAGAAAAGCUUUCAGUGCCAACUAGAUGUUUGAGGCAGUUCAGGAGCAGUGCUGUCUUUGGGUGAGAGUGAUUGGUUUUGGACUUUGAAUCAUGCCAUACCACUUACAUGCUCAAAAUGCUAAAAGGGAAUUGGAAGGUUGGGCUAAAAAUCAAUCAAUAGUUUUCCUUAGCACAUGACAUUCAGCAUACAGAAUAUGAAUGUGCAUUUAGAUAUUGUUUGUAGUGACGCUGCUGGACUGGCACCCUUUAUUUACAACUUGUGCCAAAAAAGUUUGCACCCAUCAGUAUUAGCUAGGGGGCCCACUUAUAAAAGUUUACUGGGGGCAGACAGUGUUGUUGCACUGAAUGAUGGUGAAUGUUUUGACUUCUAUAUAUUCAGUCCUGUUCAGUUUUAAUGCGUGCUUGUUAUUAUGCAUGACAUGUUUAGAAUGUUCUGCAACGAACUGGAAAAUGAUACCAUUUACCUUUUGUGCAAUGGCUGGUGCUGGAUACCUUUUUAAAUUGUUUAAUCUUCCAAAGGGAACAAUAUGUUAAUGUUAAAUGGCAAUGGUAAAGUUAUCCAAGACAGAUGGAUGUGCUGUUAUAAUUUGCCAGUUUGUCAUUUUUUGUCUUUUAUAAAUUGGAGAUUUGACUUUCUAUGAGAAAGUAACUGCCAAAAACUGCCAAACCCAUAAAUUUGUGUCAUGCUCUGUGUUUGCAGCGUAAUGCUUAUGUAACAUUGUGUAAUGUUUACAGGGGUAAUAUUCUGGUUCCCUUUGAACCCACUCCUCAUGCAACACGUUGAUUUACAGAGGAGCUUUCACUGUAAAUCAUCCAUACACACUUGGGAAAUAAACAUGGGAGAAAUGUC